AUGGUGCUUUUUGUUGUCAGACUAUGCCUGCAACUGUGGAAGGAGGUGCAGCUGCACCUGGAUGAUGUGAUCAGCAAGGAGCUGGCGGCAGCCGGCGCCAAGCCCGAGCACAACAAGUCUCUGGCGCUAGAGGUGGUGCUGGGUCUGUACCUGCGCCAUCUGCUCGUCUUCCGCCGGCUGAUGCUCUGCUACGACCAGACGGUGCACCCCCAGAAGCGGCUCGUCAUGCGCAAGAGCCUGGACGCCGUGAUGGGCCGAAUGGCUGAGCUGAAGCAAGAACUGACAAAUAUCGAGCUUUCCGAGUUUCACUUUUUUGACGACCUCCAAGUGGACUACAAACUGCUUCCUCACGACACGGAUCUGCCUAUCCCACCGUUCUUUCGACUGGAACGGAAGGACACGCUAGCCGGCAUCAAUGAAAUCAUCAGCGAUGCCCUCAAGAAGCUGGGAGCCAUCAAGUCGGAGAAGGAGAAGGUGGUGACCCAGCUGAUGGCCAGAGAAGGUGGUGACCCAGCUGGCCAGUGUGUUGUGCUGGAGAAGGUGGUGACCCAGCUGAGUCGGGAGGAGGCCGUGCGGCUGGUGCAGCGUCAGGAGCGUGCUCGCCAGGGCCGACACCGCGCCCGCUUCAUGCAGGAGAUCCACCGUCAGGAGAUGCGUGAGAAAACCAAGGGCAAGGACACGGGGGAGGGCGGGGGUUGCUGGGGUGGGCUGUAG